UACCUGUCAUUCGUUAAUAUAGCACCUCAGCAAGCUCGGGCCAAAGCUCGCUCCGAUUACGUCAAAUCCCGCCUCCGCAAGCUUCUCCAAGACGAUUGAUUCUAACUUUACGCCAUCCUCUUCAGUUUAUCAAAUUAGGUAGCAUUUGUAUCAAAUAGUCGAAUCUUAUUACUUAUAGUAGCCAUGCUUUAUUGUCUGAGAUCAUCACGAGCCACUACAUCUGAAAACAUUCAUCCUAAUCAACUACCAUUACAGGAUAUAACUUCCAGAUCAGGUUCUCAAUCCUCCCCAACCCUAACCAACGAGUACACAUCAGCAUUACAAACAAGCUCCUACAGUGAAAUACGCAUUUUCCUCGACAUAGAAACCGACCAAUCCACACACGACCAACUUCUUGCCCAAUACCUUCGCCCAAAUGGCGAAUAUGUUGAAGAAAUCUUAAUUCUUCAACAUGAGGAGCCCGGUUAUGACAGUUUCAUAACCGGGCUCCUCUGGUCAUUCUUUGACCAUAGCGAAAACAAGGCCCGUAUGUGUCUUGACUUAAGUCAAGCAAUCAGACGGGCCCGCUCGCUGAUAACCCCAUUACAGGACCUCCUCUUAGUUCUCCCGCUCGAUUCCGAUUCCGACUCUCUUUCCUCCCCUCAACGCACCCGCGCCUUCGACCUCCUUCUCAAAUACGAACAAUUAGAGAACCCGUUUCCCGACCCCGGGUCCCGCAACGUGCGGGGCAUGCGCCAUUGUUUUGCGGACCUCAACGAACAGCUCCAAAUUCAAAUCAACAAGUCAAACUCGCGUAUCCGGUUCCUCCACCGGGCCGCCAUGAGUUUUGCGGUUUGUUUAAUUUUGACGACUGUCGGUGUUGUGGUGGCGGGAGUGGUGGUUGCGAGCCAUGCGUUGGUGGCUCUUGGUGUUGCUACUUUGAUUCCGGUGUGUGUUCCUUCUAAAAUUGAGAAGAAAGAGCAAUAUAGAUUAGCACAAUUGGAUGCUGCUCAAAGGGGGACUUAUGUUCUUCAUGAAGAUAUAAUAACAAUUGAAAGACUUGUGAAUCAUUUGUAUUCGGAUAUUGAGGUUAAUAAAAGGUUUAUAAAGAGUGGGUUGUGGAGGGGGAAGGAUAUGCAUUCGAUUUUGGAGGUGUCAAGGCAGAUAAAAAGGAGUAAUGUGUCUUUUCAAAAGCAACUUACGGAUCUUGAUGAACAUUUGUGUCUUAGUUUUGCUGCUAUAAAUCGUGCUAGAUCUCACCUUAUUCAAGCGAUUAAUGUUCGUAGAGAUGAUAGUUUGUAGACAGAGUUAGUGGAAAUUGAUUCAUUGAUUGCAAGAGGUAUUCUUUCUAUCUUUUAUUUAAUUUAAAUUAGUGACUUGAAACUUAGAAAAUGGUAGCUUUUGAGGAAACAUAUUGUUUUGGGGAACUCUUUAUUAUAUUCCAUUUAACAAUGUUGAUUAUAGUUAGGUAA